AGAAAAAACAGAAAGGGACUUGUAGUCGGCAUGCAUAUUCAGCAACAUGUUGAGUGACCCAGUUUGUGAGAGCAUUUGGUGGUAGAAGUUUUCAUCGAAAUAUUCUCCUAAUGAUGAUGGUUGUUCUCGCGCUUCUGCUGGAGGUUCGUUGGCGUUGACUUGAACGUCCUAGCGAUUUUCCUUUGGUAUUUGGGAGUCUCUAUGAUUUCGAUUCUUCGAGGUUUCCGUGGCCCGUUGCGGUUCCUUGCCCCCUGCGCCGGAAGAGCAGACUGAAGAUCCUCUCCAAAACGAAUUGUGGCAAGCACGAGAAUGGGCUCUCUCGAUGCGGGAGUCUCUGCUCUCGAUGCGGGAGGCUUGUUGGUCUCUGCGCCUGAGCCUUCAUGGAUUCCCUCGUAUGUGGUCUCUUUGCAGCUCUUCGGCAUCCUGGUCUACGUGCUUGUGGUGACGGUGCAGCUGGGCUACCCACGCGAAUAUGUUGUGAUUAAAACGCAGGAGGUGAAGCGAGAAAAGAAGCGAUGGCCAGUCUGUCUCGGACAUGCUCUCAUCUUCUACUUGCUGUUAUGAACAAAAGGAUGUUGGCAGAUCAUCAACAUCUUCAACACAACAGUUUUAACAUCAGGGAAAUCCGUAAAACUCAGAAGAGACUCAGGGAAGUCGUAGGACAACUCCGAACCGACUAGCGUCAUCAUCUAAGUCUAGAGCGAGGAACAAGAACGAGCAAUAGCUUCUCUCGCCGUGUUCUUCUCUGAGGAGAUGAACAUCUCAUCAAAAUACUUUCUUGAUCAUCCAUCUAAGUGAGCGGCCAGCAUGCUGUUUCUUUGGUCGACCUGGGAUGCAUUUGUACGAAAGGUUUCUGAGGUGGUUCACGACUCAUCAUAAUUCAUGGGAUAAGCCUUACAGAAACGCGAAAGCUGCACAAAGACAAGUGCUUCUCUGGUGUCGCUUUUGGGGUGUGCAGGUAUUUGUAUUAGUCCGUACCUCAUAGUUUUUGUCCAUUAUUCCGUAGAGGAUUUACAAGGGAGUAGAAUGUGUGAGGGUAUUGAGGCAUCUAUAGAGUUUGGCAUUUGCGUCUACGCUCAAUAGGCAAUGACUUGACCAUAGCUUCUAGCGGUGCGCGACUAUCUUGGAUUUUCACUACUACUUCUGAAGGUUGAGCCGUGGGUGUGGGAUCGACAGCCAGGGGGCUAUACAAGCAAGAACGAUUUUUUUACGCGGACGUACUCGUAAACUUGAAAUAAGCGAGUUGAGUAAAAAAUAAAAGAGGGAGCCCUUUUUUAGUUUUCGGCUUUAAGGUAGAAGUCGACUACUUUUCCGUCUGUUUUAUGGUAGUGCCACUGCUUCGCAAACGGGUUCGAAGGCAGGACAUCAUCGCGGGCUUAGGUCGGACACCAGUGGAGCUGUCAGCGGAGCGCGUGGCCCCGAGUUUAGGCCCUGUGCGCGGAACAAGCCGAGAGAGCGACCUGCCCCACAGGGCCAAAAUUCCGGACUAGUGGCCCCGGGUUUUGGCCUUGUGGAAGAAGCCGCGGGGGCGAUCUGUUCCACAGGGCCAAAAUUCCGGGCCAGUGGUCCGGGGUUUUGGCCUAGUGGAACACUCGCCCCACAGAGCCAAAAUUCCGGACCCUGCGCGCCGGCGCGCAGCGGUUCGCGAGACUUCCUGGAAAGCGCGCCCCUGCUUUGGAAAGCCUCGGCGCAGCUGUAAGCCAGACAGCUACGAAAGGCCAGCCUCCUUCGACGUGUGCCCCUUUGUUCUAGGGGUUGGAGGGAUCUCGAAGUGGCAUCGGCGACCCCCCCUUCGAGAUCGCCUGCGCGGCGACGCGCAGAGCAUCUCCAGACGCUCAUCCGAUGCCAAACCAAUGGUUUGGUACAGGUGAACCAUCUCGAGAUGGCCUGCGCGUCGCCGCGCAGACGAUCUCGAAGGGGGGGUCGCCGAUGCCACUUCGAGAUCCCUCAAACCCCUAGAACGAAGGGGCUCACUUCUAAGGAGAAAAGAGCGCUCGUAGCUGUCUUGCUUCCAGCUGUUCUGGAGCUUUCCAAAGGAGGUGCGCGCCGAAGGCGCGCCCCCGCUCUCCAGGAGAUCUCGAGAUCCGCUGCGCGCCGGCGCGCAGCGGAUCUCGAGAUUCCCAGGCAGCUCCAGAUCCGCUGCGUGCCGGCGCGUAGCGGAUCUCGAGAUCUUCUUGGAGAGCGGGGGCGCGCCUCCGGCGCGCAGCCGCUGUUCCCUUGGCUUUUUAUCUAUCAUGUUCAUGUCAUGAAAUCUAAGUUACUUCUCUGAGCUCUUCUUUCUUUAUGGCCGUUCUUAUUCAUGAACGACAGACCGCUAUCGAAUUCAAGUCCCAUUUUAAGCUGAACAACUGGAACUGCGCGAAGAACUCCCCUGCUUGGAUGGUCGCGCAUCUAAUUGCUUCAGACUGAAAGUAAGGGCGUAGUCGGGCGUCCCCACUAGAAGUUGACCCUUUGAAGUGAACUGUUUAAGGGCUUUCUUUUUUAUUAUUUCGUCUGCUCGCUUAUUUCAGUUUUUCGAGUAUGCAAAAGAGUGGAUGCCUAAAAUGGGCAGCUCACAAGUGGUAUCUCCUGUAGAUGGUGUGUGCACAUGGUUUGCAUGCACACGCGAUAUGCCAAAGCGCCUAAAGAACGACGCUUUUUGGGAUCUAUCAUCGAUAGGGAUUCCCGACUCCGAUCGAUACGAAAAGAAUCCGGCCUGCAUGCUCUAUCUGGCGCCGAAUGAUUAUCACUGGUAUCUAUUUUACUGCUUGCAUUAAAAGAAAAAGUUUUUAAACUGCUUCCCUGUUCCUCUACUCUCGGAGGACGCGCCUCGUAUUGUGCCACCAACCUCAACGCGAGGAGAAAUGGGCCGCGCGGUCUUCUCGUCUCGUUCUCCAUCGGUCGCCGUCUCUGUCUUCGCAGAGUUAUGAGCCCAAAGCGCGCAGGAGUUUGCUUGGGUUACGUUAACAAGAGCAGAGCCAGAACGAACAGGGACGCGAAGCAUUUCAUUUGCGCACUGGCGGCCGCGUAUCCCUCGCAGAGGAAGAUGGCGACCGAUCAAGCUGGAGCAGGAGGCGCAGCACCUGCGGCAGCUACGUGAAAGCAGGACAAGAAAAACAGGGAGAAACCGCCCGGGCCUGGCGAUCAGGAGGGGGGCCCGCCUCUGUCUUCUGCGCGCGGGGGCGGCGGCGGUCGGCUCGAAACCGGCGCGCUUGGUGAGUUCCGGCCUUUGAUAGGUGGCCCAGAGUGAGCUGCGGGCGUCAGCAACGCGUCUCCGCGAGGUCUUCGCGGAUCCGAUCCAGACCGGCCUUCGAUCAGGAACCUCCCCGAGGACGCGCGGGGCUUUCGUUGCUCAGGCGUUGGCUUCGUCGUCGGUACCGAAGACGCGGGAACAGACACCCGCGGGCAGCGGUGGCGUUCUUUCAGUGUCUCUCUGGGUGGCUGGUUUCGUCAUUAGCCUCCGUUGUGCGUCGCGUGUGUUGUUUCGUUUUAUCAGCUGCCUGCGUGAGGUGUGGCAUUAUCUUGGAAGCUGUCUGCAGUCUCACUCUGGCAGGCUGCUGGAAUCUUGCAAGGGCGGGCGCUCUCGCCAGAAAUCGCGGACACACAUCGGGCGCGCUUCUGAUCCACUCCCUCACUGCAAGACACCCGCAGGCAGCCUGCAGGCGUUAAAAGUUGGGGAAGGGUGGGGGGGGCUCGAUGUGUUUGCUUUGCAUCAGUGGGGCCCGCGGCGUCGUGCGUGGCUGAUCGGGCUCGCUUGGCUCUUAGGCGUAAGGAAAGCAUGCCAGCCAGGAAGCCCAAGCCGCCGCGAGGCGUUGCGGGUGCCCAGCCCAUUUUGUUGGCCAUCUGCCUGCGCAUGCUAAGCGCGUUGGGGUUGGGCAUCUGUCUAUCCGGCAGCAGUCGUGAAGGCAAAGGCGCGGGCCGCUCUCGGUCUGUGUGAGCUCUUUUUUUUUUUUCGUAGUUAUUCCUCAGCUUCUCUACAGGGAGGACUAGGGACGAUGCGGGGGGCGGGUUUGUUAGCAAGGCGGGCGCCGCCGCCGCGCAGGCGCAUGCACGCAGCGGGGGGCCUCGGGGUGUCUUUUGAAAGAAAGAGGAGAGGCAGAAAAGAAGCAGCGUCUGUGCAGGCAAUGGGCAGGGCUAGUUCGUUUUCUGGGCGCUGGAGUGAAAGUUUCCAGUUGGCUGCAGUGUUUUCGAUUACCAAACGCCGACCGUCCCUCCAGUAAGUGUUAUCCUUCAGCAAAUGCAUGCACAGCUGUGCAUGUUGCUGAUACUGGUUGCACUUUGGCGGCGAGUGUAUCACCGUAGUCGCGUGCUCAUUGGGGUGGCCGGACUGGUUGGGUGGGUUCUAGGCUUACUGCUUUUUAUGCUUGUACUAAGCUGCCUAUUGACUAACCUGAUCACUGGCGUUGGGUCUGUCAAUCUACGCCAGGCGCUAGGUGCUGGGUUUGGGGUGGUGGCGUGUUUGUAUGUUGCGGACUUAGCUUCGCUCACACUCCAGGACAAAGUCGGUUAUCUCUUGCUCGCUAAUGUCGUGGUCGCUGUCAGUGGCUUACUGCCGUCGUGCAGUGUUCAGGCGGCGCAUGUGCGUGGGAACUGCGUUCGUGUCUCAGGUUGGUGCCUCCUUUUUUUGCGUAGCCAUAAGCGCACGCUGAUGCCUAGAGAAGGAGUGGCUGUCCUUGCGAUAUGUGUGCGCUUUCUCUUUUCAGAGGCUCGAGGUCGCGGCUUGCUACGGGACUCUUGCCGCAGUUGAUGCCCUUACUUAGUGAAUCCGGUUGGGCUUAUUUCGUGGGUUGCUCUCGCGUUUUGUGCACGAGUUACAGGAUGGGCGCGCACUGUUAGGCUACUUGAGGCUUUUGCUCUCAGCGUUGAUCGAAUUCGUCCGCACUGAGUACAGUGGAGCGCGUAUCUGGGUUUCAGAUGUUCUCGAUGGCCUAGAACUAAGAAAGAGCGCGGAAGCCUGAAGAGCCGCUCACUCAUGGACGGAAAAUCCGAGACGGGGAAUUUCGUAACAAAACCAGCGCCCACUCGCCAGAAAGGUUGCGUGACAAUAUUUGCUGUUGAAGACUUGCAGACACGGCGACCGCGAUACUUGGUUCUGCGCACACAUUGGUUGCGUUAGCACGGAACCGCCAUGGUUCUGCGUUGGUCAGACUGCUCGACACCGAUCCGCGUUUUCCAGAUGUCAGCCGCGGCGUCGACGCACUUGGUGAGGGUAAUCGUCAACCACUUUGGAUCUUCUUCCGAGAUGAUUACUUCACGAUGUUGCAACUUUUCCGGAGAGGUGCCCACAGCCCGAAACUCGUCUCUGGCAAUGAAGUCCGUACUCGCUCCGAUGCGUUGAGUUACGACUUUGCGCGGUAUUUGUUGGAAGAUCGCGCUGCCCCGCUGUCGCGGGCCACGUCCUCCGAAGAAUCAACGCGCGGGCGAUUCAGGUCGCCUGCGUCUGCUUCGUUAAGCUCCAGAAGGAAAAGCCACGCGGAGACAAGGUGGCGUUUCCGGUGUCGAUCCCGACUGACAUGAAGCGCCUCAUCGGGUCCUUCAUGAACGAGCCGCGAGAUGCGGACAAGGAAGUCGCCAAUUUUGAUCAUGCUGGGGCUGCCGGUAGUACGAGCGACCAGCAACAACAAAAGAAAGACGCCCCAAGAAGAAGCAGGCGGCGCUUAGCGUCUCGUAGCGGUGUUCUUCUUCCAUCUCUCCCCUGGAUAUGUUUCACGCUUCGACUUUCUCGCGCGGGAGGUUGUAUGCCUGGCGCUCGCGGCCUUCGUUACAGGCGCAGAGUACAAAGCGGGGGGGGAGACUUGCCCAGCCCCGCAUAUUAUUGGCGCGCUGUCCAGUAGGUACGGACUGAAGACCGACGAUAUACGACGGGAAGCCGAGUUGCUUGGAGAGGAUUACCGGCAGCAGCCUUGGCUUAUUCAUGGGGCCCGUCUUGAAUGCGAUGGCUUACGCGGUUGGCUGGCAUGUGGAAGGAGACAAGUCGACUGGUGCGAUCAUGCAAAACGGACCUGGUGCGCCUUUCGCUGGUCACAACGCUCAGCACUGCCGGCGCUUGCUGCAGCAGAGCCGCAGCGACGUGAGCACGAACGACCAGGCUGCGGCGGCUGAGCUUGUCUGGUCAAGUGGGGGAGCUGCGUGCGGUCGCAGAUCGGGAGGCACUGCCCCAGACCUUUCCACAUGUGCCAACCCAUCAGCGACUAAUACCAUACCCAGGGACCCGCGUUUAUUUCAGAGCUUGAGUAAUACGAAUACGAUGGCCACGCCGUCUUCUUCUAGUCUUGGCUAUCGGGCCUUAACGCUCCGUGCGUAUCUAGCCGAAUCUGGUAGCGAGAAUCUCCCCGCGUGCGUGUUCGACGCCCCAGCUGGGUAUAACGAGGUCCGGGCCCAAGUGUCUAGUGUGCUUCAAGCAAGACGCCUCGGCGCUACAGCCGGCCCCGCCGCCGCUGAAAAAAAAGCAAUCGACAAGCUGGCCUUCAUCAAUGCGGGCUCGAAUAACGAUCGCGAGCAACGGCGUGCGGCGGCUUCCGCUUCUGCUUUGUUCGGGCGAGCGCUUCUGGCUGACGAAAAUUUGACACCCAAAGCGCUAGCCUGGGGGUGAGUUAGUAACUCUGACGUGGCUGGACUGCUAACAGGUGGGUGGGUCAUGGGUUACGUCGUGACUGUGACCAAUCAAACAAAAGAGCGACUGCCAAAGCUGCAACGAGUUGCGUUGCAGCAAGCUCUACCUUUCGUUGCUCGGGGCGAGCCUGUCUGGUUUUCGGCAGCAUAUACUUACACUUACACGGUUGGCUCGUGUUGUUUCACGAUUGUCCGGCCCCGCUUAUGCUGACAUAGGGGCGAACUACAUGGAAGGGGUGCUUUCUGUCUUUAAUCGUUCUAGUGUGGCCGCGUAUACCUGCGGGGGGGUAAGGGUUGCUCCCUCGCUUGGCGUUGUGCUUUGGUUGUGCAGUGCUGUGGCCCUUGCCUUGUGUGUUCUUUCGGUGGCCUUGGUUGUUGGGUAUUUGGCGUGCAGUGAUUGACCGUACCAGGUGCGUCAAGACUAGCGUGGUAGGCUUAAUUGAGAAUCGUCCUUGUCGUGCUUUGUCGUCUCAUCUCUCUAUUUUUUAGUGCGCCCUAGUCUUUAUCUUCUCACCUGUUCCGGUUUCAUCUGUCCCUCUCAGUUUCCAUGCGCCUGUGACUGGCAGAGUAGUGCACUGCGAAAUGUUUCCGGAUUUUUGGAGUGGAACGGUGAAAAGCGAUAUCUGGGGAUCCGUGAACAUCCUGGCGCAGCAUCGACGGGUUGUUGUUGUAUUCGAGGUACGUAGUCCCACCGCCUCAUCUGCUAGUGGAUCCAGAUCGUCUCUUAUGCUGAGCCCAAGAGCGUCCCAUUCUCGCCGGAGAUUAGGUUCUAGGAAAACCGAAACGGGCUCACGACAAUCAGUGCAAACUGUUAUGGACAAUAAAUGAUUAGAAAGUUGAAGUUCAUCUUCAUGAUGCGUUUAGGACAAGUGCUGGCGUUUUGGACAAGUCUGACGAGUAAUUUGAUCAUAAAACGUCGUAGAUAACGUAGACGACCGUUGACUUUUGCAGAAGUUAGGUUCUGUUGGAUACUUGUAAGGAGUACUUCAUUUUCGCAGUUCUAAAAAUCUAUGCUCAACCGACGAUCAAGAGGAAGCAGCAAAAAAUGCAGAGGAAGCCGUGGCGGACGAUGGUGAGUCCGCAACGGAGACGCCGUUGCCAUCAGCGUCACCCAGUGGAUCAUCUGUGAUCUCCGAUGAAACAGCUACGCAAUCAUGCGAAGGAUCACCUGCACGCGACUGUCGCACAGCAAGCGUAUCUGCAGCUGCUGUCCUCUUUCCUUCUGCUCGAGGACGGGCAGAUGGAGAAGCCCCGGAGACGAUAGGACCUGAUCCUGGCGAGGAGAAAAUAAUAAGAUCUAGUAGUGUUUCGCCCGAGACAGAGAAUGCAGGAAGAGAAAAAGAAGACCGUCACAAGGUCCACAGCGAGGAGGCCAACAGAAGCUCACUGAAAGCGAGAGGGCCUACAACAUCGACAGUGAGCAGCAGUAGUCGAGCUUCGAUGAGGCGCGCGCGUAGUUUUAGUACGCCGACGGCAAAAGGAGCUCUGGAAAAUACCUUUGCGGGAGAGCUGUCGCCAGAAAGCGACCGACAGGCACGCGGCAUGCCGACACGCGAAUAUGUUAUGGCCUUCAUAGUUCUAGUCAUUCGUCAUGUUCUGGCACCUCAUUGCGCGCGCUCUGUCAGCGAUUCCUGUGAAUAGAAAGAGUUAGUUGGUGAUGAUCUUGAGAUCUAGCUAAACCAGCAUCACAGUACUCAAAUAUUCCAUGAUUAUGAUGGAGGGAACCCUACAAAGGAUGAAACGCUUACCUCUCAUAUCUGUCGCGAUGGUGAUCGUCGGCGGCAUCACUGUAGACAGCAUACGCAUGGAUAUCCCCUGUAAGAAAGCUGCGGUAGAUCGGUAUGGGAAAAGACGGCAUCAAGCAGAUGAAGACGAGGAUUGGCUGCAUACAUGUGGCUCAGACAUAGACCCGACGGCUAGUGGUACUUUUGAAGUGUCGAGAUAUCUAGUGCGGUUUUUCAAAGGCGGUUAGUAGUUGGGUGGCGACACAUGUCGCUGUCGGGUAUGUAAGUACCCCGCUGACAAACCGCGCCGCAGCUUUUCCGCUGUGCGGUGUCUGCCGGGGUGUGGCCCGGGUGUUCGGCAAAUCCGUAAGUGAGAAGCAUGGCCCCCCUGUCUUCCGGUGCUGCUGAGGAUUGUCGAAACGAACGCCCACCCGGCCGGAGGCCACCCGCCGCGGGGGCGCGCCUAGGGCGUGACACCUGCAGAGACCCGGCUCCAGCGCCGCCCAAACGUUGCCAGAGCGGUGAUGGGCCGAGCUGCAGUCUAAUGCCAAAACUUCGCGCCUGCUGGUCGUUGUCUGAAUAGGGAUGAGCUCCAAAGAGGAAGAGGGAGCGCGGCCGCGGGCCAGGGGCUCCCGCGGGGUGCAUUCGGGGAGAAUCCGACUCAGCUGCCGCGGGCUCCAGAGGCUAGCGUUGCAGCGGUCCUCGGCUUUGCGGGUGCGAUUGUCUCCAGGCUGGGACAGGUCUGAAGACUGCGUGCUAAUAGCUGCUGCGUGCAUAUGCUUACGACAGUCGGCCUCGCUUCUCUUGCUUGAUAGCAUGGCGCUGACGCUGAUGGAUGGCAUUAAAGCCACUAAAGCUACUGGCGGUGGACUUUCGGAGGGCGCCGCGGCGCAGGGUGAGGCUGAGGGGGCUCGCCUUGCUUUCGAUCGCCUUCCCGAUGAAAAACGUGCAGCGCAAUGGCGUGCGAGCUUCUUGCUGAAUGAAAUUUGGGGGGGGACCGCUUGGGGCCCCACCUUGAUGGGGAGACGUUCCGCGGGAAAUGGGCUGAGUGCAAAGCAGGAGGCAGGGCACCAGGGUGGACUCCUUGCGCCGGUGUCUCUUACUGCGGGCUUCGAGGUGGCGAGAGAGCUCCUGCGAGACAAGGCGUGGACGAGUGAGUGGCCCACAAAGGGCCCGCUCUGGCGUCGGCGUGGAUGGGUGCGCCACUGUCUUCGGCUCCGUUCAUUCUGUCUGUUGCCAAAAUACUCGAGACCCGUCGCCGAAGGAAAGGAAGAGGCCAGCCAAGCCCUGAGGUGGUUCAGACGGGGACGGAGAUCCCAUGAAUCUGGAAGGGCGGCAGGAGCGUAGACGAAGGCGCUUGGCAAGGCGGGCGCGGAGAUUGAGGAGGCUGAGGGACGAAGGAGGCGCUGCCCGGUCACUUCUGCAGGUGCUGGCGAUGGCCUCGCAUUCAGGGGCGUGCCAUAUCUCCAGCCUGAAGGACUGCCCGGCAUGACUGCCGCAGAACUCCAGCAACGUCGUGGAAGGGUGGAGGGGGAUGCUGUUCUCUUGGUGGCCCCGCGCGGGAAGAUGGGCGCUUGGUCUUUUGGCGCCGCUGCAGCUGUCAGCCUGGUGGGCUCUCUGAGGUUUGGUAAGGUGAGGGCCUUGGUGCUGUCUUUCGUCUUGGAGUGUUGAAACCUUGCGCGCCGCAUGUUAGCGCCCGCGGCCGCGCUGGGCGUAUAAUUAUGGCUGACUGAUGGAAUUCGGGGGACUAGAGCUAAACUCCGGGAGAGCGUCCUCGCUCCCGGUGUGUCUUAUGUGGGUUGUGUAACUCAUUUUGCGCCUGCCCCUUCAGGGCCAAUUAAUUUAUUAUCUCAAGGGCGGCCCGAGGGCUGCCUGACGUUGAGGCAGGGACGCAAGCUAAGCGCAAGGAGUUAUCACCUCACCGGACCUACCUCUACAGGCGCAGUAGACGAGCUUUCGAGCGACGAAACUACUGACGAGGAUGAGUCGCCUUCCCAGGACGGAGUUGGGCCCAAGCAAGUCAGCGGCUCCGCUUCUUCUCUACUGUCGCCGAGUAAACGACGUAGACAGCAGCAGCCUUACGUCCGAAAAGGAGACAAAAUAGGCUGUUUUGCUCGUGGGGGAUCGCUUGUAGCGAUGUUCUUCUCUCGACCUGUCCAGCUACAGUCGCAUAUCGCAGCUACGCGAAAACAAUUCAAUAAUAUUGACUUUAAGUUGAAUUUCGGGGAGAGCCUCGGGACCAUGGUUGUGUAGCAAUAUGUGCGGAGAUGAUUGGAUUUGGAAUGGUCCCCACAAACCUUCGGAAAUUGUCUGCAAGGCGUCGGCAAAAAUUGUCUUCGUGUGCAACUGGCAGAUUUAAUAUUUGAUUUUUCGUAGAUAAAACGUAGCAGCAAUAGCUUUAAGACUUUAGAUUUACUAGCCAUUGACUCAUAGUCUUCCGCAUUGACGAAUUCAUGCGACGGGAAUAAAUUCCUCUUCUUUUCCGGUAUCAUUUGCUCUCUCGGUAUUCAUUUGUUCUCUCGCGCCACGAGCCGAAGAAGAUGUUUGAGAAUACAGUCUAAUGAAUUACAUCUGCUUGUUGGACGGAUCCACAGAUUGAAGUAGCGACAGGGAGC